CGAGAACCUGCGGAGUCGGCUCGGAGGAGACCUUCCGGAAGGCCUGGGUUGCGCAUGCGUCCCGAGAAGGCUGGCUGAUGGUGGAAGAUGGCUCCUCUCCCGGGGGUAGAAUUGGUAAAGACCCCUUUGCAGUUGUACCGCUACCUGCUCCGUUGCUGCAAGGUCCUUCCUGAAAAGAACCUCCAGGAUCAUUACAAGCACACAAUCCGGCAGAGCUUCAAAGUUCAUGUCGAUGAAGACAGUCCUGAGAGGAUCCAGCAGAUUAUCCAAAGGGCCAUUGAAGAUGCUGAUUGGGUCAUGGAGAAAUAUAAGAAACCAAAAUAAGGCAGAAACAGUUGGUGGAGAAAUGAAGAUUGUUUCUUAAAACGCUUGGACUGAAGAAACCAGUUUGCGACAGUAGCCGGUUCAUUGGAACCCCACUGCUUUCUGUGACUGUAAAAUGUAAGAGGGCAAACUCAGAUUCAACCAGCUGCUGGCAUUUAGGAACUUCUUUUGAUGGUCAACCUUUAAUAGAUGAGGGACAAGCUGUCUAGAGUGACUGAUCUUUAGUAGUUGAAUUUUUUGAGCUGAAAUGACAUGGCCUCUACAGGGCUUGGAGCAGGAGUCAUCAUGAAGUUGUGUUUCCACAAGAUGUAUUCCACGUUUCCACAGGGUUUAGAUCUAUGCUCUAUUACUGAAUUUAGUUUAUGUUGGUAGCAUGCAGGAAAAUGCAUUAACUUUGGAUCUAGGGCUGCUGUUUACACUGGAAGCUGUAUUAAAAUCAAGUUUUGAUUUGCCACAACUGCUUCUUAUUCCAUCUCCUGGAGAUACUAUGUGGCAUAGAUUCAACCUUCCCAUUCACAUCUGUGAAACAUCCAGGUUUAAAUUGUUAAAAAUGGCAAAAAUCUUAUCACAUUAGGUUCUCAUUUUUCUUAUCUUUUGGAUAAGUGGUGUCUAGAUGCUGAUAAGUGAAAUGGGAUCCUUUAUCUAAUGAAUAUUUCCCAAAAUAGAUUGUGUGGGACACAUUGCCUUUGGUAUGUAGAAAAUAAGGAAUAGAUAAAAUGGUGGAGACAUCGACCCCUCCAUAUACCAUCACAGAAAUGAAGAAUUUGGAAAGAUUAUUAUAUAUUAUUAGUCUUCUGAGCACCAAGAGUCUUGUUGUGGGUGCUAUAAAAAUUUGAUUAAUCAGUGAAUCAAUAUUAUUUAUCACACAAGUAUCACCGUUCUCUAAGAACACUUGAGGCAUCAUACAUGUUUUGUUUUUGCCCCUGAAUGCUCAGUGGCAUUGUUUUUUGGCCUUCUGAGACAGCUUUUGCAUAGAUGUUAAAUGUGGCAUUAUAAUUACUAUAAUUAUACGAUUUUCCCCUCUUCAGAUUCACUCUAUCCUUAGCAUUUUUUUGAUGGCAGAUUUUUAAGGAGAGGAGUGUCUAUGGAGCGAUAAUUUUGGAACAUCUAAUAUGUAAAAUAUCUAACAGCAGCCCACUCUAGGAAGAAGAAGAGCGAAAGAGGAAAAAGAGGAAGGAUGGGUAUUUUUGAGUGUGUCAAGUCACACACGUACAGCCUCAACUUUUUCUCAGUGCAAAAAAAGUAAAUGUUGCAAGUGUUCCACAACAGGGUAUUUGACAAACUUUUAGAGCAGAGUUUCUCAACCUCAGC